AUGGCGGACCCCUUCGAGGUACGAAUGCGCUUCAGCUCGCAGCUACAGCAUCUCAAUGCUAGCACCGCUUCCUCGCAGAAAGCCGCCCAGUAUGCGAUUAAGUAUAAGGAUAUGGACGAGGACCUGCACUCGUGCAUACUGGAGCAACUCGAAAAGUCAAACAUGAACACUCGCGCCAACAUCAUGUACUUCAUCGAGCACCUGAUGGAUAUGGCCUCCAAGGAGCGCCACAACGAAUAUGUGCGCAUGCUGCAACGUGACAUUAUCAGAGUCGUGGACGCAGUCUGCCCAGAGGACGGAUCAGGCGCUGCGAACGUUAAGGUCAUCCGGAGAGUACUCCAGGGCCUCCAGAACAAGCAUAUCCUCAUCGACACGACCGUUAUCGAGCUAGAAGCCUGCCUGAAAGAGCGCGACACCUCCGUAACGGACCUCGUCGUUUCGUCCCCGGUCAACGGUGAUGCAACGAACCCAACCGCGACCGCCGACGAGGACUCCGGUGCACGUAAUGGUGCGAAUGGUGCGAGUGCCCGUCCGGAUAAGCGCCAGAUCGAGCAGCGUAUUGAAGAAGAUCGCGAGCGGCAUAAGAGAAUGCGUGAGAGCAUGUGGGCUGUCCCUCCCAAUGUUUUAGAGGAGGCCGAUAAUAUGUUCGACGACACUAGCGAUUUCGACGCAGAGGAUCACAUACGCGGCGAAGAGGAAUUAGAUGAGGUAUACACCGAGAACGAGGAGGUCAAAUGCGGCCACUUUCAAACACCGAGAACCAACGGUGCUUCGAAGCAUCGUCGGGACUCCAUCAAUUCCAAUCAAACUAUGACAGACCAGGGGUCAUAG